AUGGAUCAAGCUACCAAAGCGAAAGAGAUUCGGUCAGUGGAGUUGCCGACUCUCCCAAACCGAAUGUUUGCUGUUGGACAUGAGCCUAUGGAAAUUCAGGUAACAACAUAUCACCCAUCUGACAGGAUUCGCGUUAUUCUCAAUGCUUUGGAAGAAGAGAAAAUUGUGUAUCUACGAACCGUUUUUGUAAUUCCGGCGAGUUGCUAUGAGUUGACAUAG